AUGAGUCAACAGAAUAAGCAGGCAAGCACUUCCACGCCAGCAGACCCUCCAUUGAAGCCUAAACAUGGUCGUCCACGCAACGAUGAAAACCUUGUCCACAUGGAGAAACCAGCAGAGUCACCUCAACCUGCUCCAUCUGAUGACUUAAGAACUAAUCAACACAUUGAAUUUGAUCCGAGUGAUGAUAUAGACAAUGACAUGGUCGGCCAGGUGGUUUCUGGUGUCAUAGAGGGCUCUUUUGAUGCCGGGUAUUUCCUUUCUGUACGGACUGGCAACACGGGAACUCUUCUCCGGGGCAUGGUGUUUCAGCCGGGGCUAUUCACUCUCAUUACUGCUGCAAAUGAUGUUGCUCCACAAGCUAAGAUGUACCAAAGAAGAGAAUUUCCCAUCCCGGUCCUCAAUUUGCAGAGUCAGGUUGACGGUUCUACUUCUAUCCCACAACCAGAAAGGAACAAUGAGCACCCUGUCCGGUUAGAGAACCGGGCACCUACCAUUCCAGCCCUAGUUUUACCUUCCGAGCUCCAAUCAGGUUUCCCAUCUACAAUUGCUAGUCCUAAUGCACGAGGCUCCCACGACUACGGGGUAUGGGAAGGGUUGGGCAUAUCCAGCCUGACCCUUGCAUCCAAAGAGGCUGCUUAUGUGGCAAAAAAAUGA